AUGGCCAUCACAUACGAUGAUGACGCGCCGCCCUCGUCGACUCCCGCGGGCGCCGAGCAAAGUCAACCUCUCAAUCGCAUGAGAUGGGCCACCGUACGGAAACCCGGGCGAAAGGGCACAAUCAAGAGAAGGUCCAUCUUUAACCGGCACGCCGCGCGAUUGAGUCUCAGCAGGCAAUCCAAAGACACCGCCACGCCCGAGGCGGAAGACAUUGCAGAGGGAAAGCCACCAGAAGGCCAAACACAACGGACGAUAUAUGUUAAUCAGCCAUUACCCGAGUCCGCACGAGAUGAACACGGAGCACCUCUACAGACAUUCAAGAGGAACAAGAUCAGAACCGCCAAGUAUACAGCCAUCAGUUUCCUCCCCAAGAACUUGUGGUUCCAGCUCCACAACAUUGCCAAUGUCUACUUUAUCUUCAUCGUCGUCCUCGGUAUCUUUUCCAUUUUCGGAGUUGUAAAUCCUGGCCUGUCCGCCGUACCCAUUAUUGUCAUUCUCACCAUCACUGCGAUUAAAGACGCGGUAGAAGAUUGGCGGCGAACUGUUCUCGAUAACGAGCUGAAUAAUGCGCCCGUCCAUCGAUUGGUAGACUGGAACAAUGUCAACGUCUCGGAUGAGAAGAUUGGCUGGUGGCGAAGGUUCAAGAAGGCCACCACCAGAGGUAUCAUCUCAUCGUGGAGGUUUUGGAAAAGUCGCAAGAAUGCGAUGAAGGGAAAGACGAAGGGCCAGGCAUACAAGGAGCCCAAACUGGAUGCAAAGACGGAGGAGCAGGACGAUCGCCGGAUGAGCACGCUCACCACUCGUCUGGAUGAAGAGGAGCGCGCACACGAGUACCGAGAUGGGGAUGUGGAGCUGACGCCCGUGCCGUCUCCGGGACACCGAAACAAGGAGACAUACGAUAAACCAGUGGAGGGAUUCUUCCAAGAUGGAGAUCAUGGACACCAGCCAGACACAUUGCAUGUUCCCAAGCAGGACGCGGACGGCAAACUCGUUCAGCUUCCAGUACCCAAGAGAAAUUACGGCAGCCUGAUCAACCCAAACAAGGAGCGGGAAGAGACGGCUCGGUUCAAGAAAGAAUUCUGGAAGGAUGUACGCGUGGGCGACUUUGUCCGUCUUUACAACGAUGAGGAGAUUCCUGCAGAUAUCAUCGUUCUCGCCACUAGCGAUAGCGACGGCGCCUGCUACAUCGAGACGAAGAACUUGGACGGGGAGACUAAUCUGAAGGUCCGAACUGCACUCUAUUCUGGCCGGCAGAUCAAGCGAGCUAGGGACUGCGAACAGGCCGAUUUUGUCAUCGAAAGCGAACCACCUCAUGCUAACCUCUACGCCUACUCCGGUGUGGUGCGAUGGAACCAGUACGAUACGAAGGACUCAUCAGCUCCUCCAAAAGAGAUGGCCGAGCCUGUGGGCAUCAACAACUUGCUCCUCCGUGGGUGCACGGUUCGCAACACCGAAUGGGUUUUGGGCGUGGUCGCGUUCACUGGUGAGGACACCAAAAUCAUGCUCAACUCUGGAAUUACCCCUUCGAAACGACCAAAGAUCAUGCGUGAUCUGAAUUGGAACGUGCUGUACAACUUCAUCAUCCUCUUCGUCAUGUGUCUGGUCGCAGGCGUCGUCAACGGCUACUACUGGGGAAAGGGAGGCGAAUCGCUGGAUUAUUUCGACUUUGGCUCCUACGGCUCAACCCCUGGACUCAACGGAUUCAUCACAUUCUGGGCGGCGAUCAUUUUGUUCCAGAACUUGGUGCCCAUCUCCCUCUACAUCUCGCUCGAAAUCGUGCGUAGCACGCAGGCAUUUUUCAUCUAUUCCGACACGUACAUGUACUACGAGAAGCUGGACUACCCGUGUACGCCCAAGUCGUGGAACAUUUCCGACGAUCUGGGACAGAUUGAGUACAUCUUUUCCGACAAGACGGGUACCCUUACACAGAACGUCAUGGAGUACAAGAAGUGCACGAUCAACGGACAUCCAUAUGGAGAGGCGUACACUGAGGCGUUGGCUGGUAUGCAGAAGCGUAUGGGUAUCAAUGUUGAGGAAGAAGGCGCCAAAGCAAAGAUGCAGAUUGCACAAGAUCGUGUCGUCAUGUUGGAGCGCAUUCGCAAGAUCCACGACAAUCCGUACCUCCGCGACGACGAUCUUACAUUUGUCUCACCCCAAUUUGUAGCGGACCUGGACGGCGAAAGUGGUGCAGAACAGAAGGCGGCCACAGAACAGUUCAUGCUUGCUCUCGCGUUAUGCCACAGCGUCAUCACGGAAAGGACACCCGGCGACCCACCUCGGAUCGAGUUCAAAGCGCAGAGUCCGGAUGAGGCAGCACUCGUCGCGACCGCCAGAGAUGUCGGCUUCACCGUUAUCGGACGUUCGAACGAUGGCAUUAUCGUCAACUACCUCGGCGAGGAGCGCGAAUACACCGUCCUCAACACGCUCGAGUUCAACUCGACGAGAAAGCGGAUGAGUUCCAUCCUUCGCAUGCCGGAUGGUAAAAUCAUGCUGUACUGCAAGGGUGCUGAUAGUAUCAUCUACUCUCGUCUGCGGAAGGGUGAGCAAGCGGAGUUGCGAAAAACGACCGCCGAACAUCUUGAGAUGUUCGCCAGAGAAGGACUUCGCACGCUGUGUAUCGCGCAAAGAGAGCUGGGUGAAGAAGAGUACCAGAGGUGGAACGUCGAUCACGAACUCGCUGCUGCUGCGGUGCAGGAUCGUGAAGACAAGCUCGAAGAGGUCGCCGACCGCAUCGAGCGCGAGUUGACUCUGAUUGGAGGCACUGCCAUCGAGGACAGAUUACAAGACGGCGUGCCAGACGCCAUAGCUUUGCUCGCGCAAGCCGGUAUCAAAUUGUGGGUGCUGACCGGUGACAAGGUCGAGACUGCCAUCAACAUCGGUUUCUCCUGCAAUCUGCUGGACAACGACAUGGACUUGAUCGUGCUGAAAGUCGACGACGACGAUCAUCGUGCGGCGGAGAUUGAGCUUGACAAACAUCUCGAGGUGUUUGGCAAGACCGGCUCGGAUGCUGAACUCAAAGCAGCGAAGAAGAACCAUGAACCUCCUGCACCGACUCACGCGCUUGUCAUCGAUGGAGACACGCUCAAGGUUGUGCUUCAUGAUGAUCUCCGACAAAAAUUCCUGCUGCUGUGCAAAGAGUGCAGAUCGGUGCUUUGCUGUCGUGUCAGUCCAUCGCAGAAGGCUGCCGUGGUGAAUCUCGUCAAGCGCACGCUCGAGGUCAUGACAUUGUCGAUUGGUGAUGGUGCCAACGAUGUUGCCAUGAUUCAAGAGGCAGAUGUCGGCGUGGGUAUUGCCGGUGAAGAAGGACGACAGGCUGUGAUGAGUUCGGACUAUGCUAUUGGCCAGUUUCGAUACUUGACAAGGUUGUUGCUGGUCCACGGACGAUGGGACUACAAGAGAAUGGGAGAGUGUGUCGCCAAUUUCUUUUACAAGAACAUCAUCUGGGUGUUUGCCCUCUUCUGGUACCAGAUCUUCGCCAACUUCGACGGCUCAUACGCCUUCGACUACACAUACAUUCUGCUCUUCAACUUGGCCUUCACGUCCCUGCCAGUCAUCUUCCAGGGCAUUCUCGAUCAAGACGUCGACGACAAAGUCUCACUCGCCGUUCCUCAAUUGUACCGCCGUGGCAUCGAACAGAAAGAAUGGACACAAACCAAAUUCUGGAUCUACAUGAUCGACGGUCUCUACCAAUCUGUCAUCUGUUUCUUCUUCACCUACCUCCAAUUCCACCUGGCGACUUUCAACACCGAAUCCGGACGCAAUGUCAAUGACUACAAACGACUGGGAGUCUACAUCGUCAAUCCCAUUGUCGUUGUCGUCAAUGUCUACAUCCUCAUGAACACCCUUCGCUGGGAUUGGUUCAUGUGUCUCAUCACCGCCAUCUCCAUUCUCCUCAUCUGGUUCUGGACCGGCGUGUAUACGUCCUUCACUGCAGGCUUCACCUUCUACCAUGCCGCGAGCGAAGUUUACGGCGCGCUCUCCUUCUGGGCAGUGUGUCUCCUGACCAUCAUCGUCUGCCUCCUUCCGCGCUUUGCCGCGAAGGCCUACCAGAAAAUGUACCACCCAUACGACAUCGAUAUCAUCCGCGAACAAGUUCGGCAAGGAAAAUUCGACUACCUCAAAGACAUUGAUGCCAACACCACUUCUCCAGCAGCCUUCGCCAACGCCAGUAAGUUCGUCAACGACACGGCAUCCUCCUCCGACUCCUCCCAUCCGGGCAUGAAAGAGCGAAAGAACGCCAACGAUCCAUCCGGCCGCAACACCUUCGAUGAAGACAUGCGUCCCAUCUACCCGCCUUCCAUAGCCGCCACCGCCGCCACUCGCAACCCUCGCUCUCACAACGGCUCCGACGGCACAGACUACACCGGUCACGGCCGCAACUCCUCCCUCGACCGCGCCUUCCCACCCGUCUACUCGCAGACCGAAGCAGAGUAUGAAUUCCGAAGACCGCAAAGGCCGAGUUUCGAUCGCUUGCGGAGUAGUAUGGACCGCACGAGGAGUUCGUUUGAGCAGAGUCGGGAUUUCACGAGCGCGGCGUAUCUUGCGCGGGUAGAGAGCAGUCAUAGUGGGGUGAGUGAGGGGAGGAGUCAGGAACGGAGGAGUCAAGAUAGGAGGAGGAAUGAAGGGCGAUGAUGAUGAGAUGGGAAUAGAGGAUACCCCUUUUUUGUUCUCUGGCGUUUGAGGGAGCGGAAUUUUGAGAAUUAAGUUGGGUGAGGGGUAUUGUUAGCUUUUUGUCCGCUCUUUGGAGAUAGAUUCCUUUUUCUAUUUUUAUGAAAUGCUUUGAUCGGUC